AGCAUUUGCGCAAAUAAUACGUUUUUCGACUUGCACAAUAGCGAUUUCGAAAUAAGAAACUCUUUACAGAGAAGAUAAGAUGCCGAAGCCGAUUCUUGUGCUGUUAGGUGCAAUACUUAUUCAGAUUGCAUUCGGUUUGCCUAGUACACUUCCCAAAGGUUCCGAUGAGAAUCUCUACAAGGAACAUAAUGUAAUUCCAAAGGAAAAGGACGCGGUCACCGGAAAAAGUGCAGCAUCUAUUGAGCGAAAAAGACUCUCCGCAAUGAUCAAAGAAGGUGAUGCCAAACAUUUUAAAUUCCUGUUGGAAGGUAGUAAUAAAAUUGCCAAGGAUUUGCUAGCAGACGCCCGAAUCAAUGGUGCGGACCACCGAAGAUAUGCAAGAGAAGAGGCCAUGCUUGAGCAAUAUGUAAAGGAUUCUGAUAAAGCUCUAAGUUCAAAUUCUAGCAAAUGUAAAACGCGCGUUCUUAAAGAUUUUUUUACCUUUACAAAUCAUUAUACAUCGGAUAAGGAAAAUCAUACAAGUGAAAAUGAUAUAAUCAUUCGAGAGGCUUUGAAGGCACACGGUUAUGACCAAUUGGAAGCGGAGGAAUAUAAGCUACUAGAUGAAAUUGGUAGCCAUUAUGCAUAUGAAUUCGAAAAGUAUCUGAUGUCUCUUUUACCAGCUGAGCGGGAAAAUGAGGAAGAUUUGAUGAAUGUAUAUGAAACGCAAUAUGUUGAAUAAGGGCUUAAUGAGUAGAUCCAAUUAUGGAUUCCGAUAUAAGCUGCUAUUUUCAGAAAGUGAAGACGUAUAUAUAAAAUUAUAACAUUAUUAAAAAACUGACUAUGUGUUUCAUAACAGUUAUUAGAUGAAAACUAUUUUUUAUUUCGCCGAUAAAAUUAUUACGUUUAUUUUUCGUUGUCUGAUAAACGUAUUAAGAAAAGAAUAUUCACGAAAAUAGAGAUGGAGAUGAGAAGGAGAAAAAGAUAAUGAUGAUGAAAAUAAAAGAGGAGGAGUGAAAUAACUGUUAUUAGGCAAUGUAAUAAUAAAAGUUGGGUAAUAACUGUUAUCAAGCAACGUAAAAAAAAUAAAUGUUGGGAAAUAACUCUUAUUGGCGACGGAAAACAUAUUUCUCCUGCAUAACAGUUAUCAGGCAACGUAAACACUGAACGUUGGGUUAUAACUCUCAUUGGUGAGAUAAAAAAUAUUUCUCAUUUGGUAAAUGUUAUGGAAGAACGAUUUUCCAAUAAAACUUAUAUAGUAGCAUGUGGAUACUAUAUUUAAAUUUGUCAAUAAAAAAAAAUAUAUUCCAAU